GCGAGUGGAGGAUGCUGGGAAGGAGGUAAAAUGGCCACCGGCGGCGGCGUGGAGGAGGAGAGGAAGCGGGGGCGGCCGCAGCUCCUGCUCCCUACGCGCCCUGCGGCCCGGGGCGAGGAGGCCGAGGGCGGCCGCGAGAAGAUGGGCUGGGCCCAAGUGGUGAAGAACUUGGCCGAGAAGAAAGGCGAGUUCCGCGAGUCGCGGCCGCCGCGUCGGGAAGAGGAAAGCGGCAGCAGCGCGGGCAGCGGACUCGGCGCCCCAGCGGGCCUGGCGGCUCCGGGCCUCGGCGACUUCCCCCCGGCAGGCCGCGGGGACCCGAAGGGCCGCCGGAGAGACCCAGCAGGCGAGGCGGCAGACCCCCGCAAGAAGAAGGGAACAGCCGAGGCGGGCAGGAGGAAGAAGGCCGAGGCAGUGGCGGCCAUGGCGGCCCCGGCCAGGCCUGGCACGGCGGAGGACGCGGCCGAGCAGCCCCCGCAGGACGAAAAAGCGACGGCGGCCACGGCGGGCCCCGCGUUGGGCCCGGGCAAGGGCCGCUUCCUCGUGCGCAUCUGCUUCCAGGGAGACGAGGGCGCCUGCCCGACCCGGGACUUCGUUGUGGGCGCCCUCAUCCUGCGCUCCAUCGGCAUGGACCCGAGCGACAUCUACGCGGUUAUCCAGAUCCCCGGCAGCCGCGAGUUCGACGUGAGCUUCCGCUCGGCGGAGAAGCUAGCCCUGUUCCUACGCGUCUACGAAGAGAAGCGCGAGCAGGAGGACUGCUGGGAGAACUUUGUGGUACUGGGGCGGAGCAAGUCCAGCUUGAAGACGCUCUUCAUCCUUUUCCGGAACGAGACGGUGGACGUGGAGGACAUCGUGACCUGGCUCAAGCGCCACUGCGAUGUGCUGGCCGUGCCUGUGAAAGUGACCGACAGGUUUGGGAUCUGGACCGGGGAGUACAAAUGCGAGAUCGAGCUGCGCCAGGGGGAGGGCGGGGUCAAGCACCUGCCGGGGGCCUUCUUCCUUGGGGCCGAGAGGGGCUACAGCUGGUACAAGGGGCAGCCCAAGACGUGCUUUAAAUGUGGUUCCCGGACCCACAUGAGCGGCAGCUGCACGCAGGACAGGUGCUUCAGGUGCGGGGAGGAGGGGCACCUGAGCCCUUACUGCCGGAAGGGCAUCGUGUGCAACCUCUGUGGCAAGCGAGGACACGCCUUUGCCCAGUGUCCCAAAGCAGUUCACAAUUCCGUGGCAGCUCAGCUAACCGGUGUGGCUGGGCACUGAACAACCGCCUGCCUGCCAAGGUGAACACAGAGCCAGCUUACCCCUCUUAAGUGCCAAAACUUUUUUUUAAACCAUUUUUUUAUCGUUUUUGAAGGAGAUCUUUUUAAACCUACAAAAGACAUCUCUCUCUGCCUUCUUAAAUCGAGUUUACUCCAUUUCAGCCUUUUCUGAAUUGGUGACUGUCACCAGUAAAGACUACCGAUAACUGUAGUGUGCAGGAGUGUUGCCCCUCCCUUUUUAAAAUUUUGUUUUUGUAUUUGAGGAUUUUUCUUUUUGGUACUUUUUUAUUCUCCACGCCUUGUCUUCUUCCUGGAUUUUCACCCCUUGGGCUGCCAUGCUCAUCUUUAUGCUCCAGCACUAGUAAGGGGCCCACCAUGUGGUAGGCACUCCAGUGUUUGUUGAAUUGAAAACUUUGUUGACUGUGACUUCAGUCAGGGUGUCUACUUUUUGCAGCUCUUCUCCCCCAGCCCCCUUUUAAUUUGCUGCUUCUAAUCUAUGUGGUCUGAGAAUUUGUGAAACCAGUGUUGUUAGAAGUGUAUGUACUCUGAAUCAAUAAGCUCUGAAUGGUGGCCAAGGGCCUCUCUUAUGGCACUAAAGUGCAUGGACUUUGUGACAGCUCUUUCUGUGGCUCAGAAGCCAUUUUUUACAGAAUCAUGGAAUUGAGACUUUUCCUGCUGGAAAGGACCUAAAUAUUGGUUUGGACCAGUCCCCUGGUUUUCCAGCAGAUGAAACUGGCCCAAGAGGUUAAAUGACUGGGUCAAAAUCACAUAGCUGUCUGGUGCCAGAGCUAGCCUAGAAUAGAGUUCCCUGACCCCAAUCCCGGUGCUCAUUCCACUACCUCUCACACUUCACAACAUUUUCCUCAACACUUGAGGGCCCAGAAUGUCUGAUCUCCAGAAUAGUGAGCCCAAAGGAAUGCUAAGAAAUCAUCUGGAGGAGGAAGUAGAAAGAGAUUUAGCAGGGGCUUCUGAAUACCUAGGAGAUAGGGAAAUGACAAAGGAACAUAAUCCAGGGUGCAGUCAUUGUUCCCUGGGGUACCAUAAUCUGGAUUAAAGUGUGCCAGUGUCCUUGGAGGCCUUACCCUUCCCCGUUCAUUGCCAUCAGUGAGAAAUGGGGGUGCCCCUGAUUAAGGAAACCCACCAAAGGUUUACAUUUGCACCUUAACCUCACUAGCUAGAAACCCCAGAGAAGCAGCCAACUUGUGCUCAUGUGCAACCUCCUGACCCUCAGGAAAAAAAGGUGAUUUUAACCCAGAAUUAUGAGCAAACUGUUAAUUCUAAAAUGUACUUACAAAAUAGGCCUAGCAAGAGGGCAUUGGGUCAAUGUUACCAAGUUAAAAGUAGAAAAGAAAUACACUGCUUUUCUUUUAGUUUUGUCUUUCCUUUUGUUUAUGUUUUGCUAUUUCCUUGUGGCUUAGAAUGUAAAAUUGUUGAAAGUUUGUUCUGAAUAAAUAUUUAUCUUUUGUAUUGCUAA